AUGCCGAGUGUGAAUCGAUCCUGACGCGAAAAACGAACUGUGCCAGUGCCGACAGAACGACUGAGCUCGAAGUUGGAACGCACGCCUACCCACCUAUAUAUACACAUCUUUUUCACUUUUUUCCGAAGUGCAGCUGCUCAUCAGAAAACAUUUUCGUGUGAAUUGUGGAAAAGUGUGUGAUGAGGAAAUUUUCUCGCUGUGCCGCUGUGUGCUGUGGAAAUUAAUCGAAUGUCCGUACGAAUUUGCUACAUAGUUUCUACCUGUUACUAUAUGUUAAGCCGAAAUCAGCCAACCAGCGGCGUUUUAUCAAAGCUCUUAUCUUGCUCAGAGGCUUAUUUGAUAAAAAAGGCUGUCGUCAUCGGCAUCGUCACCCGCAGGAUAAAUAGCGGCUGCACUUAUUAUCAAUAUCGUCCCGAUUACCCUGCACUACAUCAAGUCGAUAAGAAUCCAGGUUCAAAAUUAAAUCACUAUUAAUUAAAACCGUAGCUGCAGUCACCGUCACUUCGGGAGGCAUUCAGCUGCAUCGAAUCCAUAGCCAAAGUGCCACUAGCCUACCAGGUACACACUUCGCGUGAAUAUUAAGAGGCGCUUCUGUUGUCAUCGCAAAACGGCGAGCCGCAUCUUCAUAUGCACGACUGUCGAGAGGUCGGCUAUUAACGUGAGACGGCCGGUAUCCGCAAAAAAGCUCCUUCAAUUGCACGUCGCUCGUCGGAAUUUGCGGCUCUAGUUGUAUAGUGUGGUGCGAUCCAUGUGUGAGUGAGAGUUGUAUGCUGUAGCGGAGAGCUUGAAGCGCGAAUUAAUAAUAUAUACCCGGCUGAUAGGCCGCGAGCUAACCAGUCCAGUGCCGGUCGCGAAUGAAUCCACAACUUGGAUUGAGUCGGCUCGAAUCAUACAACUGAAAGUUCCCAUAGUAUACAAUACGCGUCCCAGCGCAGCACAAGGGGGAAAGCAAGGAGAAAAUAUACUUAUAUGUAGUUUUUUUCCCCACUCGAGUUUGUGUACAUCCAAAUUAACUACUAAGAAAAAAGGGAAAAUCGACGCGACGAAAAACCGUUUAGAAACCAAGCAAAGGACUGGUUUUUUUUUCCUGUUGAGUAGUUUCUGUAUUCUUUGACUUGGUUCAUUUAUUUAUUAGGAAAAUAACACUCUGUGUUGUGUAUACGGUGUGAAGGUUAAGUUCGUAUGUGAAUAAUUUACCAUAGUGAGAAAAGGUUUUAUAACCCCUUCAUCGAUAGUGCAAGUGGAAAAAAUCAGUUCAAAAUGAAGGAUAUCGUUGCAUGUAAAAAUUUAAUCAAUAAGGAUACUCUCUAUAAAGAUGUUGUUAUAAUUGGUAAUGGACCAAGCGGAAUAUCGUUAUCGUACAUGCUGGCAGGCAAUUGGCCAUAUUGGUCACCGGAGCAAAUCCAGAAGCAUCCGGACGAGCUGCUGCGGGCUCGGCUGAACUAUUACGAUGCACACAAGAGUCUGGUGGAGCACGACCUUUUCAGCCUUGCCGAUGGAUUGGAGGGCCGCAGCACGAACCCAGUUUCACUACUGCUGGACAGUUUGCAGCAUCCCUGUGCGGACCUCGGCAUGGAAUUACCUUGCAUGGUAGAGUACAUGUACCAUCCGGAGAAGGAGAUUGAUCACCUCGUGCUAGGUCGAGGUCCACCCGGCGGGUCCUGGCAUCGCAUGGAUCCGAAUCUGCGAACGCUUUCGCUUGCAGCCUGGAUGUCCCUUCCUGGAUUACCUUUCACCGAGUGGGAAAAACACCAUCCACCAGUUGUUGAUCCCUUCGAGCACCCGUACCUGCCACCAACUGAAACUGAGGAAGGUGUAAAAAUCCUCAAAUCAAACAAUCAACAUGGUGCAAGCAUGAAUCGCAACAGAAAGAUACUUACCGGUAGCAGUAGUGCUAGUUCUAAUCGUAGCUUUAACACCGAAUGUGAUAGAUGCAUCGGGUUGAAUCGACAGCAACCACAGCGACCCAAAGUGUCCUUAAUAUGCAGUCGGUGUCGGGCCAUUAACAGCGCUAUCGCAUUGGAAAAUCCAGAUUCAACUAGGCAGCAGCAAACUAGCGUCGUCUAUCAGGAACGCAAUGGCAAGGUCAAUACUAAACUGUAUCCUCCGAGGCGAAAUCUGUCAUUGAAGAGACAACUGUCGAAGGAGGUUGAAACGCGGGCGCUGAUCUCGCGUGUGGCGCAGUACUACGAAAGCUACGUGGAGGAAAUGCAGCUGUCGAAGUACUUCAUGAAUGACACGGUCGUGACAACGGUACUCCCGCUGGAUCUGUCCGCGGUCGGUGGACCGAUCGCGGAUCACUUGCGGAACGGCAGGUGGAUCGUUUCAGGAUUUGAUCGACACACUGGAAAGAGAUUCACAGUGGUAUGCCAGAACCUGGUGCUAGCUAACGGGGCCUCUGAUCUGGCCAACCGGCUUGGAAUCAAAGGCGAGGGCUUAGACAUGCCGUGGGUCAAAUACGAACUGCCUCAUCUAGAGCGGGAAUUGGAACAGUACGACGACGGAGCAAUGGCCCAUCUGAAACCGGUGCUGAUCGUUGGUGCUGGAUUGAGUGCAGCUGACGCCGUUACUAUUUGUCGAUCCUCCGGCAUUCCGGUCGUGCAUGUCUACCGCAGCCGUACCGCUGGCUUGGAUAAAAUGCUUCCGGGAAAUGUUUAUCCCGAGUAUCACGAGGUACACAAAAUGAUGAAGGAUUCCAAUCGAAGGUACGAAUUGUACACGCCGCUGCCUGAGCACACCAUUGCAGAUUUGUCGCAGGGACCGAAUGACUCGCAUCGAGUCAUUGUACAGCACUUGAAAACGGGAGAACGUCGAGAGAUCGAAGUUUCGUUUUGCGCCAUCUUAAUCGGAUCACGACCAGAUCUACGGUUUAUGUCCGGAUUAACUAAAAGCGGAUAUACGCUCCCGCAGAAUGGCCACGAAAACGGUUCCGUAAACCACCGACACCAGUCGACAGCCAUAGUGGUUGAGGAAACAGAAAACAACCCUCGUGAGAAUCGUUCUCUGCAGCCUGUAACGAUUUGGUCUAUAACGGAACAUUUACUAACAUCCCGCUUAGGAAGGAAAUUAUUUUGGUUCAAAAAUAUCUGCGCGAAAUGCCGCCAUUUGAACGUUUGUGACCGAAAUAAUAGGUACAAACACUACCAACCAGCCGCGACUACUGGAGUUAUUGAGGAAAGGAAUUUACCGAACUGCGGUCAAAAUUUGAGCUUGUUAGGCAAAAGCUGCGGAUGUAAACUGCUAACCGCAACACCAGCAGUUAAUGACCAUCAAGCAUUAGCGUCCGGAUUAGGGCUUGGUGAGAACCAAAAUAAACCAAUAGACUGCAAAAGCAAUCCAAUUGAAGUGGACAAGUACAGUAAUGCUGUUCUACGAACUCCUCACAAAGGGCUGUACGCCAUGGGACCAUUGGUUGGCGAUAAUUUUGUACGGUUUAUUCCUGGCGGAGCCCUUAGCAUUACAUCGGCGCUGCACAAACGAGCUGAAAAUGAUUGACGCGUUCCUGGCCGGGCGGUGCGUUUGUUCUUUGUCUAAGGCACGCUCUAGGAUGGCGUGUCUUCAGGUCGAUGCAAAAACCUAAUUGUUUUGUCAGUUAGGCCUCCGUAUCGAGCGUACCAUAUUUAUUCGGGAUUCGCUUCUCGAACCGAAAGAACGAAGCCAAACAUUGUUCAAGAUAGAAAUGAUUGAUUCACGCUACAAGAGCGUUGGUGAGGGAAGUGAACGUUUUAGUUUAGACUCAAACCAGUCACGUUACGAAACGUUAUCAUGCACACAUGCGGGUGCGUGACUUUAUUCAGCCGCGGAGCUUUAGCUCAUUUCGAUAGUUUUGUAGAUGAUAAUUUAUUUAUAGAUGUUCGUAGAGAUAAACAUUAUUUAUGUUAUAAAGUUUUCGAACUAAUAUCACCCCUAUGAAUGAAAAUAUUUUGUUCUGUACACAAUACCUUCUAUUCGUGACCAUUAUUUGUACCAGGUGUUGGCCCUUUCCACAUUCCUGCUUUUUAAAACGUAAGAUGACUUGUUAUAACUCUGCUAGGUGCCAGUAUUGUGAUAGUUAUCUACACCGUAACAAACUGUAUUUAAACUAUCACUUUUUGAAUAGACACUAUUUACGGAAAAUUUUGUAAUAUGAUAUCAAAACAUUGGUCGCAUUGGUGGAUACCAAUUCGUCAAAAGCGCUACCGCCACUAGACUAACUCUAAUUUACCUGUGCAUGCGGAAUGGUAAAUAAUUUUUUUCAAAUUACCAACUAAUGGUCGAUUUGUGGAUACUUUAGGAAAGUUGCAACCAAAUUUGUGUAGUUCAUAUGAUUUUACUAUUUCGUUAAAUUUUUUAACUUGUUUAUUUAGUUGUACUACGACUUGUUUGUCAUAUGAAGCUCUUACUUAGCAUUACGUGUUUGCUUUAAGAUAUUGCUAACAGCGAUACAUUUACAAUCGCAAUCGGAAUUGUGUAGCUUAUUUUGAUCAUUUGAUACCAUUCCCCGGUUAACCCCACAAUGAGUGUCUUACAUCCAUUCUGAAAGUUCGUCGUGAAUUAGUUUGACACUGGGCAAAAGUGCUCAUGAAUUUUUUGAAUACGAUUGAUAUGGGCUAUUAGAGUAAAAUUCUAAAUUUUUCAUAAAACUUUUCAAACCAGAAAAACUUAGAUAGUCUUACUGUUACUGUGAGGCACCUUUGUUGUAUUCUAAGACUCGCCAACCUUAGCUUACUCGUCAGUAUCUAGAGAACGUAUUACAGAGGCCAGACUAGCGAUCGAUUUAGUUACAUUUGAUACCGUUGAGUGCGGUUACGUAAAAACUCAGCAUCGUAGGAUCAAUACUUCAUACAUAAGUACAUAAAUCGAACUAAGAGAACGAACCGAAUAGAGACUGAUUUGCAUAAAUUGAGGUAGUUUUAGCUCCUAAGCGUGUGAUGAAACGGAUCAAAAAUCAAAAAAAAAAAUUAAACAUUGAAUGAAAAAAGCUCCGAAGUAGGUAUUUUAAAGUUCUCUAUAUGUCAACAUUUUCUCUUUUCCCAUCUGAUGUCAUACUUUCCAUACAAAAUCUUUUCCACCUGCCGUACGUAAACACCUAAAAACUGAGCUAGUCCACAUUCAUAAUUCAGUAACUUGCGUACUGAUAUCGCUCACUACCGUAGUGUAUAAAAUUAUUAAUAUUCGUUAUUUAAAAUAGUGAUUUCGUAGUUUCACAAGUUUUACAAAUAGUUAGUAUUUACAGAUACCGUUGAAGGCACUGUUUGAUCGCACUUGCAAAACGACAGUUUGUUGAAUAGAGAAGUUUCGAGUUAAUCAAAUCGAGGCAAUUAAAGCAAAAUAAAAAACCACACAGGGUAGACUCAAAGUCGAUGUUUGCAAUUUUACUCUCAAAUAGCAGUCAAGCAGUAAGAAUAAAAAAUCAAAAGAAAAGGUUUUAUAUUUUGGCACAGUUGCAAACUGUUGGCAUCUUCGAUGCGAGGUUUUUAUUCUUUUUCUUUUUGUUACGAAUUAAAUAAUGUUGGACUGAUGC